AUGCAUCUGCUUUAUGCUUUCCUUGUUUUGCUUUCUCUUAGUGAUGGUUUCCAUCCCACCUGUCCCAGCCGAUGUAGCUGUGAUUCCCUGCAGUCAGUGCAAUGCUACAGGCUAACGGAGGUGCCGUCCGCUCUUCCUUCCACCACCAAGAAGCUCUACAUUAGCCACAGCAAAAUUCCACACCUUCAGAUGUCCAGCUUCACCCGAAUGUUGGCUUUGGAAGAUUUUAUUCUGCUGGCUAGUGGAACAGAGUCAGUAGAAAAUGACACUUUCAAAACUCUGAGUAAUUUGAAGACCUUGGAACUCUGGAAAAAUAAGUUAAGACAAGUCCCCAGGAUUCUCCCAGCCAGUCUUGAAGUGUUAAAACUAAAUGAUAAUUCAAUAUAUGUCCUAAAUGGAUCCGAUUUUGAAGGACUGAAGAAAUUAAAAAUCCUUGAACUUAAAAACAAUCUGAUCUCUUCUCUGUCUCCCACCACACUCUCCUCUCUUGUCAGUUUGCAGAGUUUGGUGUUAGAUGAAAACAAUAUUGAAUCUGUAGCCGGAUCGCUGGCACUUCCCCACCUGAAACGCAUGAGCAUGGAGAAUAACAGACUCGAUCUUAUACCACCCAACUUCUUCACGUCUCUAAAGUCUUUGCAAUUUCUCAGCUUCAGUGGUAACUUUCUGACUAAAAUUCCUAUUAAUCUGCCCAAAUCUCUGCUCUCUUUAAAAAUGGAGAGGAACCAGCUCAAAGUGGUAAGUUUUCGAGAUAUGAAACACUUGGAGCAUCUCUCCCAUCUUUAUCUGUCAGAAAACUCACUCUCCUCCAUUGAUGGGGCACAGAUACUUGCCAAUUUAACUACUCUUGAGCUGUCCCAAAAUCAGGUUCAAAUGUUGCCCCUCAGAUUACCAGCGAAACUACAAAAACUCGACAUUAGCAAUAAUCUGAUUCAGAGAGUUACAGCGCAAGACUUCCAGGACCUCCGAGACUUGAAACACUUGUUUCUGGACAACAACAUUGUUAGCUUGUUCGAAGCUGGAGCCCUGCAGAUGUGUUCCCAGCUCUCCAACCUGGCCUUGGAGCAGAACCUGCUGUUGUCUAUACCUCUGAGGCUUCCGGGGACCUUAGCCAGGCUGGACCUAAAAGGCAAUGCCAUCCAGGAUAUUGCUGAGAGGGAGCUCAAGGAUCUGAAGAAACUUCAGGUUCUAAACCUUAGGAACAACAAGAUUUCUGCCUUAGACCUCAAAGUCUUGGAGGGGUUGCCUCGCCUCAGACACCUGUACCUGGAUGGAAAUCCGUGGAAUUGCACCUGUAGUCUCGUAAGAGCGAGGGAGAUCCUGAAGGCCAAGGGCACAGAUGUGAGGGGAGGACAAUGUGCUGCACCAGCUGAACGACUAGGGGAGAGCUGGAUGUCCUCCAAGAAGAUCAUGAGACAGUGUGAGCAUCACUUACAUCUGAUGGAGAAAAACAAAGAGACCAAAAAGAAACCAAAACCAGAAGAGCACUCCAGCAUCAGAAUCAACAUUGAUGAUGAUGAUUAUGAUUAUGAAAUAGAUUAAGUAUGAAAUUUGUUUAUAGUUUAGAAAAAGUUUUUCUUAAAACAGACUUCAUUUUAGAGCAGUUUUAGGUUCACAGAAAAACUGAGAGCAAGAUAUAAAAAUUUCCCAUAUGCCUCCUACUUCCACACAUGCAUGACCUCCCUGAUCUCUACAUUCUCCUUCAGAGCAGGACAUUUAUUACAAUUGAAGAACCCGCAUGGACACAUCGUCAUCACCUAAAGUCCAUAGUUUGCACCUGGGUUCGCUCCUCGUGGUGUGCAUUCUGGGUAUUUGGACAAAUGUAUGAUGACAUGUAUCUAUCACUGUAUUAUCACACAAAGUAGUUUCACUGCUUUAAAAAUGCUCUGCAUUCCAGGAAAAGUUUUAUAGUGUUCAGUCUCUUAAGCAGAAAUAGUCAAUAA